AUACUUGCAUAGCAUACUCAAAUCUUAAUUAAGAUACCACAAAAUGGCCUUCUCAACAAUUUUGUCUAAUUCAUGUACUCUCCAAAGUAGUUUAUUUUGUGCACAAAAAUCAAAUCCACUAUCACUAAAGACAUCAAUUUUACCAAAUCAAGUUGGGAACAAAAUUGCUUUUCAACCUCUAAGGUAUAAUAAAGUGGUUUCACCAAAUAGACGUGCUGGAAAAAUUGAGGCAUCACUUAAGUGGGAAAAGGGGUAUAAGAAUGUUGAAGUUUUUAGUAAGGAACAUCUUGCUGUGUCAUUGGCUUAUGAUGUUGCUCAACUUUCUAACAAAUAUACCAAAGAAAGAGGUGCUUUCACUGUUGCUUUGUCUGGUGGAUCAUUGAUCAAGUACCUUAGGAAAUUGGUUGAAUCUCCAUAUGCUGAAACCAUAGAUUGGGCAAAAUGGCAUGUUUUCUGGGUUGAUGAGAGAGUCGUCCCAAAGGAUCAUUUAGAAAGUAACUAUAAGCUUGCCAGUGAUGGAUUUCUCUCCAAGGUUCCAAUUCCUAAUCUCAAUGUUUAUUCUAUUGAUGAUUCCCUACCACCUGAUGGAGCAGCUGAUGUUUAUGAAACAACCCUAAGACGCUUGGUUACAAGCAAUGUGAUAGCAUCAACCAAUGGAUUACCAAAAUUUGAUCUCAUGCUCCUAGGUAUGGGUCCAGAUGGACAUGUUGCAUCUUUAUUCCCAGGGCAUCCUCUUCUCAAUGAGGAUAAAAAAUGGGUUACUUUCCUCAAUGACUCACCAAAACCACCACCAGAGAGAAUCACUUUCACAUUUCCUGUGAUCAACGCUUCUUCCAAUGUCGCAAUGGUUGUUACCGGUGCAGGUAAAUCGACUGCAGUUUACACUGCACUUGAGGAUGAUAAGAAAACUGUUGUGUUGCCUGUUGAAAAGGUUUCACCUAUUGAAGGGGAAUUGAAAUGGUACUUGGACAAAGGUGCUGCUUCAAAAUUGUUUAAGGAGUAGAUGCAUGUGAUUAUACAUAUGCAAAUAAUAAUUAAUAUGCUUUAUUUAUUUUAAGAUGCUUUUUGAACCAAUUAUGCAGGCUUUCUUGAUCUUUGGAAAAACAUAUAGAGAUGUAUUGUGUUAUGUCCUUGAAAACUUAAUGAUGGCAUUAUUGAAUAUUUAUUAGUCAAUAAUAAAAUGAUUUGUUCUUUCUGUU